AGCCUAGGCAGCUGCGCAGAGGCGCGGCGGCUGGACGGUUGGGGGAUUGUCAACAUGCCGGUCGUCCGGAAGAUUUUCCGCCGCCGCCGGGGCGACUCGGAGUCAGAGGAAGAUGAGCAGGACUCAGAGGAGGUUCGGUGCGUUUGGGGCGGGGCUCCCAUGGGCCUGGUAGGAGAUAGACUUGCUUGGGGGACUCACCACCGGCUGGGCGCUUCGCUGACAUUGUUAACUGAGCCUGGAUGGUGGUUCCUUCUGCGGACGCAGAAAUUGAGGCUCAAGUGGUGAGGCCGCGAACCCAAGCCCGCACAAUUGGGAGAGAUGCCUCCGGGAUGCGCAGUGGCUCUGACUCCCGGUGAGUCUAGGCACAAGGUCGUCCUCUGGACCCCUGUGCUGGUGGCUCAGCAGCGGGGCUGGGAUGCCCUCGAAGGUACCUUGUUGGCUCUGUUAGCUUUGGGUUCCGCGGGGAGUCACUCAGCCUAUGCAUUGCUCCUUCUUCUUCUUCUUUUUUUUAAAAGAUUAAAACUGGAAGAGACCAGAGAGGUACAGAACUUGAGGAAGAGGCCCAACGGGGUGAGUGCUGUGGCCCUGCUGGUGGGAGAGAAGGUACAAGAGGAGACAACUCUAGUGGAUGAUCCCUUUCAGAUGAAGACAGGUGGUAUGGUGGAUAUGAAGAAACUGAAGGAAAGGGGCAAAGAUAAGAUCAGUGAGGAGGAGGACCUGCACCUGGGGACAUCGUUUUCUGCAGAAACCAACAGACGGGAUGAGGAUGCAGACAUGAUGAAGUACAUUGAGACAGAGCUAAAGAAGAGGAAAGGGAUCGUGGAACAUGAGGAACAGAAAGUUAAGCCAAAGAAUGCAGAGGAUUGUCUUUAUGAACUUCCCGAAAACAUCCGUGUUUCCUCAGCAAAGAAGACCGAGGAAAUGCUUUCCAACCAGAUGCUGAGUGGCAUUCCUGAGGUGGACCUGGGCAUCGAUGCUAAAAUUAAAAAUAUAAUUUCCACGGAGGAUGCCAAGGCCCGUCUGCUGGCAGAGCAGCAGAACAAGAAGAAAGACAGCGAGACCUCCUUCGUGCCUACCAACAUGGCCGUGAAUUACGUGCAGCACAACAGAUUUUAUCAUGAAGAGCUCAAUGCACCCAUCCGGAGAAACAAAGAAGAGCCCAAGGCCCGGCCCUUGAGAGUAGGCGACACGGAGAAGCCAGAGCCUGAGCGGUCCCCUCCUAACCGCAAGCGUCCUGCUAACGAGAAGGCAACUGAUGACUAUCAUUAUGAGAAGUUCAAGAAAAUGAAUAGGCGGUACUGAGCUGUGCAGAGUGGGAUGUAAAUAGCGCCUUCCUCUCCCUAUAUCCCUCCCAUGAAACAUGGCUUCCUGUCCGGGCAUGGUGGCUCAGGCCUGUAAUCCCAGCACUUUGGGAGGCCGAGGUGGGUGGAUCACCCAAGGUCAGGAGUUUGAGACCAGCCUGACAAACAUGGAGAAACCCUGUCUCUACUAAAAACACAAAAAAGUUAGCCGGGCGUGGUGGCACAUGCCUGUAAUCCCAGCUACUCGGGAAGCUGAGGCAGGAGAAUCAAUUGAACCCGAGACGCAGAGGUUGCGGUGAGCCGAGAUUGCACCAUUGCACUCUAGCCUGGGCAACAAGAGCAAAACUGUCUCAAAAAAAAGAAAAGAAAAAUGGCUUCCUGGACAGAGCAUGCUCAUUUGCUAGCGAACAGUUCCAGAAAGAGACCCUAUUGGUCCUUCUGCUUACCUGCUGGAUUUUUCAGGCACUAAAUUUAUAACUUUUUGAAACAAAACAAUGUGUAAUUUUCCAUUUGGGGGCAAACUCUAUUCUUGUGAGCAUUAUUAAAUCUUGUUUGUAAAUAUAUUGUCUUUCUCUUAAUAUUUGCUCUGGGUCAGGAAGAAACUUCACGGUGUGAUAAUACCCUUUAGCUUGUGCUUUCAUCAUUAUAGACGCAUCGUGUCUUCUGCUUUCACAUAUCUGGGAUGGGGUCAGACAUGCAUCCUCCAUUGAUUAGAGUGGGUCCAACUGACAAAAAUCUAGGAUGAGAUCAGAAGGAUACUGGUGUUUUCUGACUUUUACAAAAUUACUUGUUUGUUUUCAUUAAAAAAGAAGCAUAAACUAUGUUUCUUAUUACUAUUAGAAUUGAUUUAUUAAAUUUCAAAAUGAAUCCAA